GGGUUGAAUGGUGCUGUACCAAAUGCUUUGGCUAAUCUGAAGGCCCUUAACUAUUUGUAAGUUUCUAAAUUUAUCGUCAGAGGCUGCUGGCUAGCAACAUCAUGCAGACAACUUGAGAACAAUUUGUAGAUGUUGCAUGAAAUUGACUUGUUACCCUUUUUUACCUGUGUAUUUUAUUCAUUUCUAAUCUCCUUUUUCUAACUCCAUAAACAAAAGGCUUUUGUUUUUUCAUGUUAGUUGCCAAAAUUAGGAAUGCAGAUGGACCAGUUUACAACCCAAAGCAUUAGCUUGGGGUUUUCUUUAACCACAUCCUAUAACAUCCAAACUGAACUAAUAUGGCUUUACUCAUGCAAUCUGGUUUCCAAGGACCAAAGUUAUAGAGAUCAACAUGUAGCUACUUUUUUUUUUAAUGAAAUUUCUUAUGAAAACAUAUCAAUAACUAAUGUAAUCCAUGUAUUUUGUCUCAGUGACUUGUCAAACAAUGAUUUAAUGGGCCCAAUACCGCCCUCUUUAGAAGAAUUGACAUCACUCAAUGUGCUGUAAGAACAGAUUUUUCUCUCUUACACAAUUCACCUGGUGCAUGCGUUUUCAACAUCGAAAACUUCAAUUUUGUCAUGCGCAUGCUUCAGGACUUCUCUCUCCACAUAUUAUAUGCUAAUGGUAGAGCAAUAUCAAACUUUUUGCAGAAUUUUGUCAAAUAACCGACUCAAUGGGCCUAUUCCAGCUUCUUUGUGUGAUGGACAAUCAAAAGGAUUGCUUGAGUUGAGGUUUGUGCUGUAGUCUAACAUCCCAAAUCUUCCCACAAUUCCUUCUACCUAAUACUAAUGUCUUAUGAACUUUAUGUUCUGCAAAGAGUGGACAACAAUCCCGAUAUAUGUCUCUGUCAUAGUACAUGUCAAAUUGGCAGCGAAGGAAGGAAGCUUGCUACAGUCACCAUUGUGCUGAUCUCUGUCGUCCCAGCGCUGAUUAUACUGCUGCUCCUAUCAUUGCUUUUAUUCUUCUUGAGGAGAAGAAAAUCUACAACAAAAUUAUCACCGCCAAUUCAAGACUCGCUUGCUAUACCCGAAACCCAUAGAUUUACAUAUGAUGAAUUGAAGGCCAUCACCAACAAUUUUGAUCUUGCACUUGGAAAGGGGGGGUUUGGGAAUGUUUACCAUGGUCGAUUGCAUGAUGGCACUGAAGCUGCAGUAAAACUUUUGCACUCACAUCGGAUGGUCAAAGGGACAUCAUCUGAGGAGUCCAUGUCUGCAAAUUCUGGCUCCAGAUCACAUGGGCUGAAAGAGUUUCAAGCCGAGGCUGUUCUCUUAUCGAGGGUCCAUCACAGGAACUUAGUGUCUUUGAUCGGGUACUGUAGAGACAGCAAUCAACUUGGACUUGUUUAUGAAUAUGCUGCUCGUGGAAGUCUUAGAGAUCAUCUUUCAGAUAAAAAUAGUCAAACAUUGAGUUGGAGAGAACGAAUUCGGAUAGCAGUGGAAGCCGCACAAGGUCUGGAGUAUCUACACAAGGGAUGUGUGCCACCUAUAAUCCAUAGAGAUGUGAAGACUAACAAUAUCCUCUUAACACAUGACUUUGAGGCAAAGGUAGCAGAUUUUGGGCUGUCAAAAGUCUUUCCUGACCGAUGCCCAGACUCACGUAUCUACUGAUGUUGUGGCUGGCACUCCAGGAUACAUAGAUCCCGAGUAUGUUUUCUACUUCACAGAAGUUUGCCAGAUAAUAUUUGCAGUGUGAAUUGCUCAGGAUUUCCUUGAUUGCCCCUCUACUGACAAGUCGGUUUAAUUUGUUUUAUAGAGAACUUAAGAAUUACUUUGGCAACUAAAUGAAAAAGAGAAUGAUGGAGAAUCACAAUGAGAAGAAACACAAAUAAAUGUUCUUUUUCCAAAUGUGAUGCAGAUUUCUUUCUUAGCUAACUUUCCAAGAGGAGAAUCACGAACAAUUGUUGCA